AUGACUCUCAAAAACGAUAAAUUUCCCUCCUCCGCUGCAUUUGAUGCAAUCAAUAACUCUUUCAAGAGCUCAGAGGCUGACCGAAUCAAGGCCAUCAAAGAAGCCAAGUCGGUCUUCGCCUUCACCCUGAAGAACAAGGCUGGUGAAACUGAGAGCUGGCAUAUUGACCUACUGAAAAAGGGUGAGGUGGGGAAAGGACUUGGAGAAUCUCCCACAGUCACUCUCAAGAUGUCGGACGAAGAUUUUGGAAAAUUAGUCAACGCUACUGAAGACCCACAGAAGUUAUUUAUGUCAGGUAGACUAGGGGUUGAGGGAGAUAUAAUGAAGGCAACCAAAUUGCGGAAUUUAUUCAAAAAAUCUCAGGCGGUCAAGUCAAAGUUAUAA